AUGGCUCCCAAGAAAGACGCCGUGGUUGAAAAGGUCCUCUUGGGCCGACCGGGAAACAGCCUGAAAAGCGGUAUCGUUGGUCUUGCCAACGUGGGCAAGUCGACGCUUUUCCAAGCCAUCACAAAGUCUUCCCUCGGUAACCCUGCCAACUUUCCCUAUGCCACCAUCGAGCCAGAAGAAGCCCGUGUCAUUGUCCCAGAUGCGCGUUACGACUGGCUCUGCGAGCACUAUAAGCCCAAGUCCCGUGUUCCUGCCAACUUGACUGUCUAUGACAUUGCCGGUCUCACCCGUGGAGCGUCCACUGGCGCUGGACUUGGCAAUUCGUUCUUGUCCCAUAUCCGUGCUGUCGACGCCAUCUUCCAGGUGGUUCGUUGCUUCGACGAUGCUGAAAUUAUUCACGUCGAGGGUGAUGUCGACCCUAUUCGUGAUUUGAACAUCAUCAGCGAAGAGCUUCGUCUCAAGGACAUUGAAUUCGUCGAAAAGGCCCUCGAGGCCCUGACCAAGCAGACCAGGAGAGGCGGCCAAAGCUUGGAAAUGAAGAAGCUGAAAGAAGAGGAGGCUACUGUUGCCAAGAUCCUUCAAUGGCUGCAGGAUGGCAAGGACGUCCGCAAAGGAGAUUGGACUCCCAAGGAGGUCGAGGUUAUUAACCCUCUGUUCCUCCUGACUGCCAAGCCCGUUGUCUACCUGGUGAAUCUAAGCGAGAGAGAUUACAUUCGCCAGAAGAACAAGCACCUGCCGAAAAUUGCAGAGUGGGUUAAAGAGCACGCAGCUGGAGAUACCAUCAUCCCGCUUUCCAUCUGUUUCGAAGAAAGAUUGACUCAGUUCGAAACCGACGCUGAGGUUGACGAGGAGUGCAAGAAGUUGGGAACUAAGUCUGCCCUACCAAAGGUCAUUGUUACCAUGCGUAACGCCUUGAACCUUGGCAGCUUCUUUACAUGCGGUACCGACGAAGUCCGACAAUGGACUAUCCGCAAAGGCACCAAGGCGCCCCAGGCCGCCGGUGUCAUUCAUACAGAUUUCGAGAAGACAUUCAUCCAAGCAGUUGUCUUCAACUAUAACACUCUCAAGGAGACUGGCGAUGAAGCCUCUGUCAAAGCGGCCGGAAAGGUCAUGACUAAGGGCAAAGAAUAUGUUGUCGAAGACGGCGAUAUUCUUCUCAUCAAGGCCGGUGCUGCCAAGGGCUAA